AUGACUUUAUUGAGAGUGAUAAUGAUGUUAUAUAAACAAUAAAAUAUAAAGGAUAUUGGGAACACAAACUCAUUAGACUAAAACAUUCAAAUAUCAUUUUUUACGCAUAAUCACCCAAUAUACUCAAGUACUCUUAAUAUAAAGGUGCCCACUUAUACAUGUUUUACUGUACCACGUAUAUAUUAAUGUUUGUUUAAUCAAAAAGGAAUAAGUGUUUUGUUAGGAGUUAUUAAAACAAUAGUAUAUGGGCCAUCGUUUGAAUAAUGUUGA